GCGUCUGUGCUUUGCUCCGGUGAUGGGUUCCUGGCGUGUUUGGCGUUGGGUCCCUGGGGCCUGGCGUCCCGGGCUGGGGGUUGGCGCACGACCAAGAGAUGCAGGCUUCGGCACCGAGGCCGGACGUCGGCCUCAACCUCAAGGUUCCAGAAAGCGCAAGAACCCAGUGGAGGACCAGCCUUUCCCGGGGCUUCUGCGGACAGAGAACCUCGGCCCGGAGUUGCUGGCUGACGUGCUGAGGGCAGCUGUGGUGGAUCAGAAAGGACCUUUGGUGACACUGAACAAGCCACAGGGUCUACCUGUGACAGGGAGACCUGGGGAGCUGACGUUACUUUCUGUACUGCCACAGCUAAGCCGGGCCCUGGGGCUCGGACACCAGGAGCUCCAGGUUGUGCGAGCGCCUGGAAAGGAGGCCUCUGGACUUGUGCUCCUCUCCAGCUGUCCCCAGACAGCUAGCCACUUGCAGAAGUUCUUCAUUCACUCAAGGAGAACCCGGAGACCCACAGCCACCUACUGUGCCAUCACUGAUGGCAUUCCUGAGCCUUCUGAGGGGACUGUCCACAUGGCUCUGAAGCUGGAACGCAGGGAUGGCGUUGAUCUUGCAGUCCCGAUGACAUCACCAUCUCGGAAGGACAUCCUAGGAGGUGUCAAGAGGACCCUCAGCCAUUUCCAUGUGAUGGCCACAGGCUGUGGCUGUGCCCUGGUCCAGCUGCAGCCACUGACAGUGUUCCCCAGUCAGCUGCAGGUGCACAUGGCCCUACAGCUCUGCCCGAUGCUUGGGGACCAUACUUAUGCUGCUCGAGUGGGCACCGUCCUAGGCCAGCGCUUUCUGUGGCCAGCCGAGACCACCGAGCCCCGGACACAGGUCCUGGAUGAAGCUCUCCUCAGACGCCUCCACCUGCAUCCUUCCCAGGUGGCCCAGAUGCCCUUGCACCUGCACCUGCACUGCCUCCUCCUCCCGGGCCCCAGAUCCAGGGACCCCCCCAGGGAACUUCUGGCACCCCUGCCCCCCUACUUCUCUCGGACUCUGCGGUGUCUGCGGCUCUCCCAGGAGACAGUGCUUGACCCUAGCUGGAAAACAGAAGGGGAGGGGCUGUGACCCAGCUCACGGACAGUGGGGUUGGUGCUGAGCACAGUCAAGGUCCUAAGAUCAAAUCUCAGCCCACUUGCUUGCUGUGCAGCAUUGGGUAGGUGAUGUCUCUCUGGCCUUAAAAGAAUAAAAGUCCUACCUCACAA